AUGCCCUUGAUCGCCCUCCCCAAGAACCCUAGCCUUCCACAAGACUCGAUCCAUCGACGAUUCCGAGGCCCACCCACAUUCAAAAGUGUUGAUGGCGUCAACUAUGCCAUUUCAAUUCCUACCUCUUCUACCACAAAUCCAUACGUGGCGUCGGUGAUGCCGGUAUGGGAACUUCCAGACGGACAAGUGGAAGCUUUUCCGAGCUGGAUCAACCCAAAUACGCUCAACUCGGUGAACGCGGCGACAUUGCCAACCACAACCAUACAGUCUACUUCAACCAGUACCUUCUUGGUUACUGUAUUCGUCACUGGCAGUCAGCCAGGCUGGCCUCUGACAAAUGCUGCUGCAAGCAACACGCCGGUAGCACCAAGUUCUGCUUCUCCCGCGGUACCGGCAUCGCAGGCCACAACGCAGACCUUCGCAACGAGCGUGCCACAGGAGUCCCUAUCCUCUCUGACCACAUCUGCGGUGCAAAAUGUGACGGCUGCUCCUCCAGCCGAUACAACAGGAUCCAUACAAACCACCCUCGAACGAUCGGGCAAUCCAUCUUCACAGCCUUUCGCUACCAAGCCAGUCAGUAGUACAGGAACGCUGUCCCUCGUCGACACAUCUACGCUCGGCAGCAUCGGCCCAACCGCAUCCGCAAAUAUCACCGGCUUACAAGUCAACGAUAUCUUCCAGCCAAUUGCAACAAAUGCCCCGCCACCGCAGAUAUCCUCCCGCUCCGAUCAUCCAGUCCCUCGACUUGGGAUCGUGCCACAGCAGCAGAAACUCGAAACGAACAAGUUCUAUGGCAACUUCUACUUGGGAGACCAGAGUGCCGGUACAUGGACACAUCCCUACUCCAUCGCUUGGUCGAAGGGCGCAGGCGAAACCAAUAGCUGGGGUAUGGCGGUAUCUCAUACCGAAAGAGACCAGCUGGCAACCGCACCUGCUACGAGCGUGGAUGCUGGAGAGUGGGCGUAUUUCGUCAAUCCAGUCGGCAUUCAGAGUUUGGUGCUGUCUGCAACGGAGCUCGGUAACGGCACCACAUUGACUACGGACACGCUCGAGGCUUUCUCUGUCAACGUCAAUUUGAUUGCUGAUGGGGACCCUUCGCCCACCAUCACCUUCCCCUUGGUCCAAGGAAUGGCAUUCGUCACAGGCGUCUACAAUGAUGCUACACCUCUCCUGCAAUCUGGGCUCGGUAUCCAGAGCGUCACCUAUACGGGUAGCGUGCUCAACGGCACCACAUUCAAAUACACCGCGCUCCUUGCGAACGGCUUCACGUGGCUGAUCUACGUUACGCCGUCCAGCAGUGGAUAUCAAGAGAACUCCUUUACCCUCAUCAGUCCAGUUGCUAUCCAAGGCGCAUCAGGCUUCUCCGGAUUCAUCCAAGUCGCCAAGCUUCCGGCCAAUACCUCAGACGCAGAAGCCGUAUACGAUGGGUCUGCCGGGGCAUACGCAACAGCCGUCAACAUCAGCGGCUCUGUCGAGGACACUACGGGCACCUUCUCUCUGAGCUGGACGAAAGCGGGAACCACGAGUCAGCCUCUACUCAUCUUUGCUCUGCCCCAUCACAUCUCGUCCUUUGCAUCCGAUACGUCUGCAGGAGUCACGGACGUCCAGCUCGUGACGGCUACCAAGGGUUACAGUACAGCCGUUUGCGGAGACCGCUGGACACUCCUCGAGCCCGACCUACCGAUCACAAUGUCUUUCGCUCCUUGGUCACCUUCUCUCGGCUCAGUUGACACCCUCCCGGCAGCAGCCAUUACAGCCAUCAACCAGGCAGGCGCAGUCGAAUUAGCAGAGGACAUAGCCCAGCAAACCAACACGGGCAGCAUGUACUACGACGGCAAAGCACUGGCGAAGUUUGCAGCCAUUGUCUACGUUCUCCAUGAACUGGCGGACAACGAUACUCUAGCUCUCACGGGGCUUGUUGAGCUUCAGACGGCUUUUGAGUUGCAUGUGAAUAAUAAUCAAACGUACCCGUUGGUGUAUGAUACCUGUCGGGGCGGGGCGGUCAGUAUUAGUACUUAUCUCAAUGGGAAUUCGGGGGAUGAUUUUGGUAACACGUAUUACAAUGACCACCAUUUCCACUAUGGGUACUUCCUGUACGCUGCCGCUGUUGUCGGCUACAUAAACCCAUCGUGGCUACAGGAAGGCACAAACAAGGCUUGGGUGGAUAUGCUGGCUCGUGAUUAUGCCAAUUCAAUCACAGAUGACUCAUACUUCCCCUUCAGCCGGAUGUUCGACUGGUACAACGGGCACUCCUGGGCAGAAGGGCUCUUCGAAUCCGCCGACGGCAAGAACGAAGAAUCGUCCAGCGAAGACACAAUGGCCAGCUACGGCGUCAAGAUGUGGGGCUUCGUGGCAGGCGACACCAACAUGGAAGCACGCGGCAACCUCAUGCUCGCCAUCCAAGCCCGCAGCCUGUCCGACUACUUCCUCUACCUCGACACCAACGCCGUCGAGCCCGCGCAAUUCACCGGCAACAAGGUAAGCGGCAUCCUGUUCGAGAACAAAAUCGACCACACGACGUACUUCGGGAACGAAGUGGCGUACAUCGAGGGCAUCCACAUGCUGCCGCUCAUGCCGAUGAGCACCCUCAUCCGCUCCCCUACGUUUGUGCAGCAGGAGUGGACGGCGUAUGAGUUGGGGGCGGUGGCGCCGACGCUGCAGAGCGGGUGGAGGGGGAUUCUGAUGGCGAAUUUGGCGAUUGUUGAUGCGGGGGCGAGUUGGGAAUUUUUCAGCAAUGCUACGGGGGAGUUUGGGUUGGGGCUGCUGGAUGGUGGGGCGAGUUGGACUUGGUAUCUUGCUUGGUCUGCUGCUUUGGGCGGGUUGGGGUAGGAUGUCGUCUGUCGCUGUAGUGCUACUGCACAAACGAAGAAUGCAAUUAGAGCAAGUGUGCCGGCAGAUCGUAGGGCAAGGUAUCCGAGGCAUGAGGAGGUGGAUUGGGUGGCCGAGGAAAAGACGACAUCCACUUUGGCAGACUCCGCCAUGCUCCUCCCUUACCCC